AUGGCCGCUCAAUCAAUGCACGAUGAAAAACCCUCGGUCGAGAACCGGGAAACCACGGUUGAUUCCGAUCCAAGCCCUGAUGCUCAACGAGCCCAGGUGCUAUCUGUCGGACUCAACGAUGCUCUAUCCAAGGAUCUUACUUCGCCCUGGUCAUGGACCAUGCUCCGCCUGUGUGGGGUGAUUGCGAUCACAACUCUGAACUGCUGUAUGAAUGGCUACGAUGGCACCCUCAUGUCGUCCAUCAACGCCAUGGACACGUUCCAUGACCAUUUCGGAACCCGUAUGCAGGGCAGUGGCACCGGUCUUCUGUUCUCCAUCUAUGCGAUCGGUAACCUCGUGGGCGCUGUGUUUGCCGCCCCUGCGUCAGAUACCUUUGGUCGGCGGUUUGGCAUGUCGGUCGGAUCCCUUGUGAUUAUCGUGGGGACAAUCAUCGAAGCAGCGGCCUCGGGGGUCGCUCAGUUUAUCGGCGGUCGGUUUUUGAUUGGGAUGGGCAUUAGCUUGACCAAUACAGCCGCUCCGGUCUAUCUGGUCGAGGUGGUUCUGCCGCAGUGGAGAGGAAUAUUCGGUGGUCUGUACAAUGUGGUCGGCUACUAUUCGGGGGCAUUGGCUUGCACGUGGAUCUCCUACGGGACGGGAUUCAUGGGCACGGACUGGUCCUGGCGGAUUCCUGUCAUCAUCCAGGCCGUUCCAUCUCUCGUCGUUCUAGUAGUCGCCUGGAUGUUGCCCGAGAGUCCCCGGUGGCUCUUCGCCAACAACAAGCCCGAAAAAGGGCGCCAGAUGCUGGUGAAAUACCACGGCAAUGGAAACCCCGACUCGGCUCUUGUCAAUUACGAAUGCAACGAGAUCGAACAAGACAUCCGCUUUGAGAUCGAAACCGGCGGCCGACGCUGGUGGGACUACAAAAUCCUAUUCACCUCGCGAGACAUGCUCUACCGUCUCUGGCUCUUAUUCCUCGUUUGCAUUUUCUCUCAGUUCAUCGGCGGUUCCGUCAUUACCUACUUCAUGCCCGUCAUGCUCGAAAACGCCGGCAUCACCGGCUCGCACCAACAACUCCUCCUCAACGCCCUCAACACCGUCUUCUCCUUCAUCAGUGGCAUCGUCGGCAGCUUCUUCGUCGACCGCUGGGGCCGCCGCACCCUCUUCCUGUACGGGACCUUCCUCACCGGCCUCAUCUACAUCCCCAUCAACGUGAUCGCCUCGUUCGAGUCCGCGCACAUCACUACCAGCAUGGGCUACGGCUUCAUCGCCUGCAUCUUCUUGUAUGGCAUCAUCUUCGCGUUCUGCUGGACCCCGCUCCAGUCUCUCUAUCCGGCGGAGAUCUUGCCGAAUCGUGUCCGCGCCAAGGGCAUGGCCGUGCAGAACGUGGCGACUGGGGCGGCCAAUUUCAUUAAUAUGUAUGCGACCCCGACGGGCAUGGAUAAUAUUGGGUGGAGGAUGUAUACGAUUUUCUUGGUACUGCAUUUUCUCGAAUAUGCUUUCAUGUUCCUGACGCUGCCGGAGACGAAGGGACGCACGAUCGAGGAGUUGGAGGAGGUGUUUAAGGUUUCGAAUCCGGUGAAGGCGUCUUUGAAGCGGAAGGAGGUUGUGGUGCGGGAUGGCGAGGGUGUGAAGGUGGUGGAUGAGUGA